UGGCAGGCCACAUGAGGGAUUCGGUGUGGGGGAGAAGAUAGUUCUCAUCACCUUCAUCUCAGCAGUAAUUCUGAUGACCACUUUGGGUAACCUUCUAGUGAUGGUGGCAGUAUGCCGGGAUAGGCAACUGAGGAAAAUUAAAACCAAUUACUUCAUUGUGUCACUUGCAUUUGCUGACUUACUGGUGUCAGUAUUAGUGAUGCCAUUUGGAGCCAUUGAGUUAAUCCAAGACAAGUGGAUUUAUGGGGAGAUGUUCUGCUUGGUACGGACGUCACUUGAUGUUCUUCUAACCACAGCUUCUAUCCUGCACCUUUGCUGUAUUUCACUAGACAGAUACUAUGCUAUCUGCUGCCAGCCUCUGGUUUACAGGAACAAAAUGACCCCACUGAGGAUAACGUUGAUGCUUGGUGGCUGUUGGAUUAUCCCAACAUUUAUAUCAUUCCUCCCAAUUAUGCAAGGAUGGAACAGCAUAGGCAUUCUGGACUUGAUAGAAAAGAGAAAAUUCAGCAAAGACUCAAAUUCAACAUAUUGUAUUUUUAUGGUGAACAAGCCCUAUGCUAUAACAUGUUCAGUGGUAGCUUUUUACAUUCCUUUUUUUCUUGAUGGUACUUGCUUACUACCGAAUUUAUGUCACAGCGCGAGAACAUGCCAGACAGAUCGGAGUAUUACAGCGGGCAGGAGCGCCAGCAGACCAUCGACAUCAGCAUCCUGAUCAGCACACCACUCACAGGAUGAAGACAGAGACCAAAGCUGCUAAGACAUUGUGCAUUAUAAUGGGCUGUUUCUGCCUGUGCUGGGCACCAUUUUUUAUCACCAAUGUCAUUGACCCUUUCAUAAACUACAGUGUACCAGGGCAGCUUUGGACGGCUUUUCUCUGGUUAGGCUAUAUUAAUUCAGGGUUGAACCCUUUCCUCUAUGCCUUUUUGAACAAGUCUUUCAGGCGUGCCUUCCUCAUCAUAUUGUGCUGCGGAGAUGAGAAGUACAGAAGGCCUUCCAUACUAGGACAAACAGUUCCCUGUUCAACCACAACAAUUAAUGGAUCCACACAUGUUCUAAGGUCAGUACUCUCUAUUCUAUAUAAUAAUGUGACAAACUUCCUUUCCCAGGACAUUCUGGGAAAUAAGACCUUUUCCUCUAG